UUAGUCAGGUAUAUAAUGAUCGUCUACAUCAUUUACUCUUCAUCUGGAUCAGCCAUGGCACUGCACAUCUCUCUGAUUCUCAUCACUUUAUUCUGCUCCAAAGCACUGACACUCAGCUGUUAUAACUGUACAGAGCCAACAAACUGCGCACAGAACUGUAGCUCCACUGCCAGUUGUGUCUCCACUUUUAAAUAUGACAGUACCCCAAAUCAACCUGCUACUACUAUCAGUAGGGGUUGUGUUAGUUCUGCCUGCAAUUCAGGCAUCAGUUAUGGAAACAUCAGAAUAAAUGUCCAAUGCUGUGAUACAGAAAAAUGCAACAAUCAGAGCGCACCAGUGCUAUCUCCCAAUAUGAAGACGUGCUACACCUGUAUUGACAAAGACUGCUCAAAGACUUUGAAUUGUACAGAUAAUGAGAAAAACUGCUUCAGUGGAACAGACCUAUCAACAAACACCACUUACAAAGGAUGUGUAAGCAGCUGCGAGGUUCCUAAAACACAGUGGUCUAACUAUGAUAAUGUUACAUGUUGCACAGGAAACCUAUGUAAUGAUGCACAGAGCUUGACCUUGAGUUUGGUGCUACUGCUGCCCCCACUUUUUUACAUAUUUAUGAUCUGAGAUCUGUUCUAGUUUAGGGCACUCUGUAAGUUUUUUUUUAAGUAGAGUUUAUACACUUUAAAAAAAUUAAGGUACUUAAAAUUUUCUUCACAGUAAUGCUGUAGGAGAACCAUUUCGUCCUCAAAGAACCAUUUUGUUAAAUGGUUUAAAGAAGAACCAUUUCUUUCAUACCUUUAUAUAUAUAUAUAUAUAUAUUUAUAUAUACAUUUUCACUACAAAGAACCUUCAUGGUUCCUUGUGGAAUCAUUCAGGCAAAAAAUGGUUCUUCUACUAUGGCACUGUGAACCUUUAUUUUAAAGAGAUAUUUUAAGCUUGAAGCUGUACCAUUUCAGGAUAAUUAAGAGUAUCUUUUUUUAAACUUUGUUUUAAAAGUCUUCAUUUUUAACUGAAUUGUAUUUCUUAUAACAUCUGAUAAGAUAAUAAUAAGAUCUGAUAAGAUAACAUGUAGUAACUUGUAGAUAUGUAGGCUAGAGUUUUGCUAAAGCAAAUCGUUUAAAGGGAAAUGUUGCAGGUGAUUAUAUUUGAGUAAUGACUUUAAUGUUUUUAAAGAUUGCAUCAACAUAGAAUAUUGUGAUAUUAUUAUCAUGCACUCAACAGAAAACCCUUACAAGGGGGGGGGGGGGGUUAAAAUGGUCUGGGUGCAGAUUUGUCCUCUCAAUAUGUUGCCUGAAACUGUAUCCAAAAUUCUGACAUUAGGGCUUAAUGAAGGGGACUGAGAGUGCAGGUCUACAACCACAGACCCGUUACAUUUUUCUCACUUCAUUGUGUGCAUUUCUCCAUAUACUAAAAUUAGUUCACAAUAAAUUAUGAACUUACUUACAGUAACUUACUUGUAGUGUUUAAUUGUUGCUUACUGUUUACUUCUGGCAAAAACAUAUUUUAUUGUUUAAGUUGAAUAGAGGACCUGGUGUGUGAUGUGUACGUCAAAUUUUAAAAACUAUUUUGUUA